AUGAUGUCAUUAUCUGGUAUUUCAGACGUAAGGAAUCCUUUCCAGACAAGCCGCAGGUGGCCCCACGGCGCUGAUCGUACACAUUCCAUCUACAUUGAAACUUCUACCAACGGCAAUUUUCGGCAUCUGCGCCAAAAUUUAUUUCUACUUCACUUGAAGCCACUUCUCGCCUUUCAUUGCCUGCCUAACAAGAAAGGAAUAUUCAACACAACUUCAAUAUUGGCCUUAUUUUACAACCCAAUUUCAAGCAUCAUGAAGCUCUGCUACGUCACUCUUUUCUGCUCCCUGUCGGCUGCGCUGGCAGCCGCAACCGUCAACACCACAGAGGCUGUUGAAGGUGGCGUAACGGCUGAUCUUAAAGAAUCACAUUCGAAAAUGAUAAACAUGCAACAGGAAAAUAUCGUUACUGAAAGCUGUCCGUUGCGCGACAUGCACCGCCUGGCUCACGCUGCUCUCGCGCUAGUAGUUCCGAGCGGCAGAUAG